AUGUCCUUCGAGUUUUACGGUGGCUUUAUAGCAAAAGAAUUCAUCGAGGAAGAAGCCAAGGAUAAGACAUUUGCGGAAGCAGUGUGUGAAGCCGUCAUUCGUCACCAAGACAUUGGCGAUAGUGGAAACAUCACAACCUUAGGUUUAAUUCUUCAGAUAGCCACCAUCUUGGAUAAUGUGGGCAAGCAUACUCAAUACAUCCACCCUGAAACGUUGAAUUAUGCCAACAAAAAGUACAGUCGCGAGGGUUGGUUAGCGUGUUUUGCUGCCUCGACAGAUAACGAAAAUGCCAAGAAGCCAUGGGGCCAUACAAGCAAGCUUGGAGUUCCUGAUUUCAGCGAGGCGAUUCUCGCCAAUCCUGUUCAAUACACCCAGUAA